GGGUUCGGAGAGAUAUAUUCAGUUUUGAUUUCUUUGUUUUGUAAAAUUGGAGAGACGCGGACACCCCUCAAACUAGCCAACACCUCAUCCAUACGAUGUGUUGAGCUUCUCUGUCGUGAUUGUUAGUCUUUUGUGGCCCUCCGGUGACUUGGUUGCCGGAGGGAUGGGUUUGGGUCAGGGUCAGAAUGUGAGAGAGGUACUAGAUGGCAGAGAUCGGCAAGAUGAGGGGGCUAGAGGCACUGAAUGAUAGACGUUUGCUAAAGCUUUGAAUCGUCCCCUGCCUCCAACGAAAUUCAGGGUGUCGCUUCGUAGACCAGAGAUGGUGAAUGGGGAGUUGGGGUUUGUUUUUUCGGACUCAGAGAUGGAACGUGCUGCCGAAGACUUGAAGUAUGCCCUGGUACUGAAAUUUGUUUCCAUUCGCCCAUCUAUUGACGUCUUGAGGGUGCAGAUAAUUAAAACCUGGGAUUUUUCAGAAGUGCCAAUGGUAAGCUUUAUGGAUGAUCAUCACGUUUUGCUUCAUUUGGGUAACGAGAAGGACUAUAUGCACGCUUGGGCAAGGGAAGGAAGGGUUGUGGCUGGUUGCAAUUUUCGGUUGUUUAAUUGGACUGUGAAAUUUAACACGUCUAAAGAGCCUUCAAACGCACCGCAAUGGUUAUUCCUACCAGGUCUCCCGCUUCAUCUAUACCGAUUGGAUUGUUUGCAAAGUCUUGCGUUCAGAUUUUGGUGGUUUUUGGGCACAGACAAGGCUACAUUAUAUCAUACUAGAGCCACUAGGGCAAGAAUAUGUGUUAAGGUUGAUUUACAGGAUGAUCCGGUGAAAGGCUUUCCGUUGGUUGUUGGUCAGUUGUAGAGUUUGGCAGGAGGUGAUUUACGAGAAACCAGGUUAUUAUUGUAAGAAAUGCUUUAGGCAGGGACAUACGAAUGUUGUUUGUCAUGUUGGACUGAAUUUGAAGUGAAUUGACAAGGGGUUUGGUCAUGAAGAGAAGAAAAAAGAGGCUGGUCAUGAAUGGCAAGUUGUGGGAAGAAAAAAGGUAGUGGGUGGAGUUGGUUCUCGGGAAGAGGAUUUUGGUCCUGCGAUGGUUGAAUGUGAUAAGGAGGAGACGGUUACUCUGGGUAAAGGUAAACAUGUGAUUUUAGAUUCGAAUGACCUUGAUGCUGACAUGCAGGUGGUGGAUUCUAUGUUUGAGAGAAAUAAGUGUGGUGAUGGUACUGAGGGUACUGAGGGUGGUGUGAUGGAGGUCGAGGAAGGUGAGUUUAGAAAAGAUCAGGAGAUUAUUAAUGAAGGGUGCACAACUAUGGUGGUUUGGGAGAGUGAGAAAGUGAAGGAGACAGAGAAGGGUGUUUCUGAAUUUGGAUUGGAUCAUGAUGGGUGUCCUCAGGCCCAGGACCAUAAUGCUAUGGAGGGGCCAGUUUUGUGUUCUAAUAAUUUUGAAGUGUUGUCCGAGGGUAAUGAGGAGGUAGAACUUGAUCAUGCUAAGGAUUUUGAUUUUGAUACUGGCUCUCGGAGUGGUUUGAAGGAGGAUUCAGCCAAUAAAGCAGGUACUGUUCGUAAAUCUAGACGGGCGAAGUCCCACCCUCGAAAACUUAAUUUAUGAUUGAGAAUAUGCUUGUUUGGAAUGUCCGAGGCUUUGGGACUUCAAAAAGAAGAACUAGGAGUUCGGUGAGGAAAUUUAAAGUUUUAGUUUUCGCUAUUUUGGAACAUUUUCAAUCAGUUGAUAAGUUACAGAGAUGGGCUUGUACUCUUGAUAUGCCGUGUGUAUUUUCAAAUGCAGAUAUGGAUGGAAAAAUUUGGCUUUGCUGGAAACAGGGGAUUGAUAUGGAGGCAGUGGGUCAUAAUAACCAAUGUAUUUCAGUUCUUUUCACAGAUCAGUCUGGAUCUAUUUUGACUUCUAUUGUGUAUGCGAAAUGUUCUUACCUUGAGAGGAGGGCAUUAUGGGACCAUCUGUGUGGGGUUUCCGCUGUUGGUAUUCCUUGGGUAGUUAUAGGUGACUUCAAUGUGAUCCGUUCUAAUGAGGAGAGAGUGGGUGGGAAUUCGAGAUUGAGGAUGGCAAUGGAUGAGUUUAAUUGUUGUAUUCAUUCCUGUGGGUUAAUAGAAUGGAGACUGGAGGGUAAGCAAUUAUCUUGGUGUAAUGGGCGUCAAGGGUUAGCUCGUAGCUGGGCAAAACUGGAUAGGAUCCUGGUGAAUAACUUUGGAGGUGCUGUUGGUCGUCUUUUAAAUAGAAGAACAUCUGACCAUUCUCCUAUAGUUCUCCAACUGAGUUCGAUUAACAACAGAUAUGGUUCCUCGCCUUUUCGAUUUCAGAACAUGUGGACUUUGCAUCUAGGGUUUCUUACUUUAGUGGAGAAUACUUGGAAGAGUAGCAGGAUUCAAGGGAAUGGGCUUGAGAUUCUUGUUGGGAAACAUAAGAAGCUAAAACUAGUUCUUCGGAGUUGGAACAAGGAAGUUUUUGGGCAUGUUGAUAAUCAUAUUCUAAAGCUUGAGGGAAAAGUUGAAUUAUUAGAAGAGUAUCUUCAACAAAAUUUCUCUUAUGAAGUGGAUGCUGAUUUGACAAUGGCUAGAAAUGAUCUUGAGUUGUGGGCUCAUCGAGAAGAGAUAAGGUUAGCACAACAAGCCAAAAAAGGGUGGCUUGAGGAGGGAGACCAAAACUCUAAGUUUUUCCAUGCAGUUAUUAUUCAACGGAGGAAUCAGGCUUGUGUAAAGCAGAUGAGACUACCAGAUGGGUCUACACUUGACUCUCCUGAGAUGGUACAUGAAGGUGCAACAGUCUAUUUUGAACAGUUUAUGACUAAUGACGUGGAGGUGGAGGAACCUAUGUUGGAAGAUAUCAUUCAGCCAGUGUUGUCUCUACAGGAUAUUGAAGGUCUGACUUCCCUUCCCAUGGAGCAAGAGGCAUAUGGUGGAACAAAAUCGUAUGAUGUUGAGGUUGAUCAGUGGAGAAACAGAUUCACUGCUCCUGGCGAGGAGCCUUACAAGACAUUGCCUGGAGAUGUAUUUGUUUUAGCAGAUGCCAAACCCGAGGAUGUUUCUGAUUUACAAAGAAUAGGAAGAUAAUGGGAUUUUGUAGCUGUCACCAAAAUUCCAGAGGCUGUGAAUAAGGAUGAUGAUGUGAAUGAGGAUGAUGAGGAUGAUGAUGUGAAUGAGGAUGAUAGCACAUCAACCAGAUUUGAAGUCAAAGUAUUGCAAGACAUUGAAGUUGACGUUGGGAACCAUAAGUCUUCGUUUGUGAUUUUCUUGAUAAAUACAAUCCCUAACAAGAGAAUAUGGAACGCAUUGCACAUGCGGAGAAAUCUACAGAUUAUCAAGAAAGUUUUGUGCAGUAAUUCUUUGAUUGAGGAAGAUUGUGAUAUCUGCUCUGCCGAGAUUGAUGGCAGAUGGCAUGAGAAAUUUGGGACCAGUAUAAAUUAUAAACUGAAUGAACCCCAAACCCAGACAUUUCUGGCAUGUCUUCGUAAGAUGCAUUGCAGCCACAAGACGGAAGUGGAACUUAUAUGGGGCCCGCCCGGCACUGGGAAAACAAAAAUCAUUAGUACUCUGCUCUUAUCGUUUUUUAGAAUGGGAUAUAGAACUCUUACCUGUGCCCCAACAAAUGUUGCAGUUAGUGGCCUACUGCAUAACAGAGUUGGUGAAAGAAGCGCUUGAAACUGAUGAUUCGUUUUGCUCAUUGGGAGAUAUUCUUUUGUUUGGAAAUAAGGAGCGACUCAAACUUGGUUCAGACAUUGAAGAGAUAUAUUUAGAUUAUCGGGUCCAAAGGCUUACAGAGUGCUUGGGAUAUCUGACUGGUUGGACUGAUUCAAUGAUUGAUCUUCUUGAGGAUUGUGUUUCCCAGUACCACAUGCUCUAGGAAAAUGAAUCGACAAGAGAGAGAGAAAAGAGCAAAGAAAAAGAGAUCAAAGAGGAAAGCAGGGAGGAAACUGAUGCUAGCAACGAAAUGUACAAGUCAUUUCUUGAUUUUGUGAGAAAAAGAUUCGUUUCCAUUUCAUCACCACUCAAAAAUUGUUUUCUAGUCUUCUGUACGCAUUUACCCAAAAGUUACACUCAAAGCAAUUUCAAAAACAUGAUUUCUCUAAUUGGCCUGCUUGAGUCUUUUGAAACCUUAUUGUUUCAAGAUAGUGUGGAGUCUGAAGUACUGGAGGAGCUUUUUUCUCGUUUAGAAGUAGUUAGAGAUACUUCGCAGCCACUUAUGGAUAUUCACUUCCAGUUGCAAGGAAGGAGAAGAGAAUGCCUUUCUGUUCUAAAAACUCUUCAGGGUUAUGAACUUGAGCUUCCAAUGGGUAUGGACGAAGAAUCAAUAAUGGAUUUUUGUCUUCAAGCGGCUUCCUUACUUUUAUGCACUGCUUCAAGUUCUUACAAACUGCGUUCGGUGGCAAUGAGACCACUGAGCAUUCUGGUUAAACUUCCAGGUUUAAGGCAUGCUAUGUUAGAAUUUUCAACUUGAGAAAAGGAAUGUGAGAAAAGGAAUGAGAUGAGACGAGACAACUUGUGAGGUGAAGAAAA